GCUGAAGCAGCUGCGGGAGGCACCGUACACGCAGGAGGAGGCAGAGCGUGCCGCCGGCAUGGGCUCCUACAUCCCCCCGAAGAAGGUGGAAGUGCAGACGCAGCCGCUGGAGGAAGCCGUCGAGAUGGAAGCGUCCGGCUGA